AUGGCUGAGACCGAGGAGCGGAGCCUGGACAACUUCUUCGCCAAGAGGGACAAGAAGAAGAAGAAGGAGCGGAGCAGUCGGGCGGCCAACGCGGCGAGCGGCGCGGGCGGGAGCAGCGCGGCGGCGGGCGCCAGGCCGGGUGACGGCGGGAGCUCGGGCUCCGGUGCCAGGUCGGGCGACGGCGGGAGCUUGGGCUCCGGCGCCAGGUCGGGCGAUGGCGGGAGCUUGGGCUCCGGCGCCAGGUCGGGCGACGGUGGGACCUCGAGGCCAGGGGACGGCGGGAGCACGGGCCCCGCCGGCAAGGCCGUAACGAAGGAGGAAGAUGAGUGGAAAGAAUUUGAGCAAAAAGAGGUUGAUUACAGCGGACUAAGAGUUCAGGCAAUGCAAAUAAGUGAAAAGGAAGAUGAUGAUAAUGAAAAGAGAGAAGAUCCAGGAGAUAACUGGGAAGAAGGUGGAGGUGGUAGUGGAGUAGAAAAAUCUUCAGGUCCCUGGAAUAAAACAGCUCCAGUACAAGCACCUCCUGCUCCAGUAAUAGUUACAGAAACCUCGGAGCCGGCAAUGCCUAGUGGUGUAUAUAGGCCUCCUGGGGCCAGGCUAACCACAACAAGAAAAACGCCUCAAGGACCACCAGAAAUAUACAGUGACACACAGUUCCCAUCCCUGCAGUCCACUGCCAAGCACGUAGAGAGCCGGAAGGAUAAAGAAAUGGAGAAGAGCUUUGAAGUAGUAAAACACAAAAAUAGAGGUAGGGAGGAGGUUUCAAAAAACCAGGCCCUUAAACUUCAGCUAGACAACCAGUAUGCUGUGCUUGAAAAUCAGAAGUACAGCCACACACAGUACAGUUAAGCAAUGGUCUUUGCUAAGCCUCCCAAGAUAACUAGACCACAGCUAACCACCAAGAACAGCCAUUCAGCGUCUCAUAUCUGGAUCUACAGUGACUGAUUGAUGAAGACCUUGAUUCCAGUGACUGUCCCUGUUGCACUAUGGAAGAUCAAGAGUCACAACUGAUCUUGAUGUGUGUUGGAUUUAGGGGUGUUUUCAUUGUCUUAAAUAUUUGUGAAUUAGAUUCAGCUGUGUUCCCAUAGUUGCUCUGCAUAUAAAACCAAACCUGCAGCCAGUGGUCAUUUCAAACAUCUUUAUGUUCAGAUACUGAGCCUUCGCAAGGUUGACUACCUCAGAUUUGCUGCACUUAAUUGUGGAUUUCAUGUGGAUCACAACUUCUGCAUAAGUUACAGCUAUUAGUAUCAGUGUGAACCUUGAAACCAACUCUACUGGAUUCCUUUCGGGAAGCCUUCAGAAGUCAGCCAUCUGGGUUCUGAUCUGCUGUAAAAGAUGAAGAGUUAAGUGACCUUAAAUAGCCUGUUCUGUGCCCACUCUAAGGAACUCUGUAGGCUGUGGCUACAUUAGACUUCUUGGAAUAAGCCGCUGUCAAAACUGUUGUGUUUGGAUCAUCUGUGUGGGGCUAUGAUUUAUAAUUUAAGUUUUUAGUUGUAGUAUGAGGUGGCUACAGAUUGAAUUCAACCAAACUUGGAUCCACCAAAUGGGGAAAGGGUGGGGGAUAGUCUUGUUUCUUUGAAUACCUUUUUAUCCAGAUAGUGCUUGUUAUGUUCCACAUUAAGGCCUUGCUUUGACUUGGAGUAAGUUCUUGGACAGCGUAUUGUGUGGUAAAAUAGCCUGAAUGAGGCAUUGGAAUUGUGAAAUGACCUGUGAAUUUGCCAAUCCCUAGGUGGAACCAGAUAGCCUUUGAUACAAAGGGCAGCGGGUGCCAGAGGCUCCACUCCGGUUCUGCUCAAUCCUCCUCUAAUCAGGUUUAAAUUGAACUGCUGUGGACAGAGUGGUGUCUGCUCAGGUGGGGAGGGGUUCACUGGCCUGUCUUAACAUUUCAAAGCAACAGGUGCAAAACCUCACCAACAACCUGAAGUUUCAUGAAUCUUGCAUGGUGUCUGAUAAAAAAAAAUCUUGUGUGUGCCCAAAAUUUGAAGAUACUGGCUAUUUUGUAGAUACAUUCCUUGUUCUAGACAGCUCUGUUCACCUAGGGAAUAUUUUGUGAUGUUCACUUGGAAAGGCAGGGGAAUUGCCAGUGAUGUAUCACUUCUGUUCUUAGUAAUUAGAUAUAACUGCAGUAGUACUUGGCCCUUCAAGAGGGUAAGAGGGUACUGCUGUAUUCCUUUCCAUCUAAUGGAAUAGCGAGGCGGUUACCUACUUCCGUGUCCCCAGAAAUGCUUCAGUACAAAUAUUCUUUAUUGGCAACUAAGUACAUGAUGUCAGUGCCUGAGUUUCUCUAAUGAAUCCCUUUGCAAAAUGCAGUUCAGACUUGUUCAGUACUGACAGAAGUGAAAACAGGUAAUGAAGGAAGCUCUCCCAGCUUGAGACUGUCUUGCAAUUUGGUGAUUGAAUGCAGCAGUUAGUGUGGGAAGCAGGAGGUGUUGGCCAGUGUUUCCUGACCAAAACUGCAUGCCAUUCUGGGCAGUAAUGUUGGCAUGAUCUGAGCCAGCCAGGAGGAAGUUGGGUGAUUAGACAUUUGAUAUCUUCAUUGAACUAAAGACUUAUUUGGGCACUAGAAACCUUAAGUAAUCUCACACCUUGAGACACCUACUUACCUUAAAGUAGGCUCCCCCCUUCCCCAAGCCCCAUUCUGUUUGGGGUUAAGGUUUGAGAAUUGAACGGAGACAGAUGUGAAGAGGUUCAUUUAAUGGCACACUGUACUGGAACGCUGAAGACCUGCAGCAGAUGUAAAUUCCAAGUCUUGUUAUAAUUUUUUUAAGAUUGUGAAAUUAUUGAAAUGCACACGAAUCAAGUUUUAAUACACUGUCUGGGUGGAUGAGGCUGUCCAUUGCACCAUUUCUUUGGGUUCUCAGGCAUGGUUCGACAGUGUAAGAACUCUGUAACAUUAACAUUGAAUAAAAAGAAAAUCUAUGAGUGGUA